AUCAAAGCUGGUUGUUACUCAUCUCUCAAGGACCAUACACACUUCCCCAACUCCCUCCCUAAAUUUGGCCUGACCACAUUCAAUCCCUACUCCCACUUCAUCCCUUUUUCUAUCAACCAUGUCAAACCGAUCCCGAAGCAUGUCUCAUGAAGAACUCGUAGCCGCAAACGCUGCCUUGCAAGCUCAGGUGGAAUACCUGGCCAAAGAAGUGGCUAAGCUCACAAAGCAAAAGAUGUCCAUGUUGCAAGAUAGUGAAGAUGAAGAGGAAGCUAGCUCUAGUAACACCAUGAGAGCAAGGGCUCAUGAAAAGUCCCAUUCUGAUUUCAAAGUUGAUAUUCCAAUCUUUGAAGGGAAGAAUGACCCGGAUGAAUUUCUUGAGUGGUUAGAGACAGUGGAACGAGUCUUUGAUUUCAAAGAAGUCUCCGACGACAAGAAGGUCAAGAUUGUGGCCUUAAAAUUCCGCAAGUACGCCUCCACUUGGUGGACGAACACCUGCACCAAACGGAAUCGAAGUGAGAAGCCUCCCAUUGACUCAUGGCAAAAGAUGAGGAGUCUCUUGAAGAAGAAGUUCCUACCCACUGAAUAUUCCCGAGAGAACUUUGCUAAGCUUCAAACGCUUAGGCAAGGUACGAAAUCAGUGGAAGACUACACCCGGGAGUUCGAGGAACUCCUACUAAGGUGUGACUUGCAAGAAAACGAAGAGCAAACCUUUGUAAGGUACCUUUUGGCCUAAAUCUCCAAAUAGCCAAUACGGUGGAGCUGCAAGGCUACACUACAUUUGAAGAGCUCACUAAGUUGGCUCUCAAAGUUGAGGCUCAAAUGAAGAAAUCCAAAACCAUUCUCUCAAGAAACCCCCCCCCCCUUACUCACGUC